CCGGCGGUUGAGCGGUUCCGGGUGCGCGCGAGGCUGGUGACCGCGGCGGAUUUCUUUGCUUCCCUGCAGAAAAUGAUGGGGAAGCAAAGGAAAAUGGAAGAGUUGUCUCCUCUCCCCGGCAGCACAGGCGCUUUGUUUCCGUCACCCAGAGCAAGCUGGCAGAGAGGUGAACCUAGAGAUCCUGCUGAACACUGAUGACUAAGGCUUGGUCUACACUUAAAAUUGAAGUCAACCUAGCUACAUUGCACGGGAGUGUGAAAAAUCCACAUCUCUGACUGAGGAAUAAGAAGUUUUCAUGGAAUAUAACUGAGGAUAAAAGAUGGAAAAUUUUUAUUGUGGCAUCUUUAAAUUACUAGUUUUUGGGAGCACUCACUUCACUGAACAGUACAUCCAUCCUUUUUUGGGUGAAUCCUCUCCAGAGUUUACUUUUGGAUGAAAGCAUGCUCUCUUUCCGGUAGAAGAUGGUGACCCUGGAGUAUGAUCAUGGAGAAGGGGAUGAGUUCAGUAGAAGUGUUACCUUCCAAAUCAUCCCAGGUUACUGCCGUGAAGGUGAUAGUGAAGGAGCAUGAAACAAAAUCGAUCCAAAAAGGGAAACGAGUGGGAUUUGUGCUUGUACAUGCAGGUGCAGGUUAUCAUUCUGAAUCCAAAGCUAAAGAAUACAAACAUGUUUGCAAAAGAGCCUGUCAGAAGGCAAUUGAAAAACUACAGGCUGGUGCUCUUGCAACUGAUGCAGUGACUGCGGCACUAAUCGAACUAGAGGAUUCCCCCUUUACAAAUGCAGGAAUGGGAUCUAACCUAAACCUUUUGGGUGAGAUAGAAUGUGAUGCCAGUAUAAUGGAUGGAAAGUCAUUAAAUUUUGGAGCAGUUGGAGCACUGAGUGGAAUCAAGAAUCCUGUUUCAGUUGCAAAUAGGUUGUUGUGUGAAGGGCAGAAGGGAAAACUCUCUGCUGGCAGAAUUCCACCUUGCUUUUUGGUUGGUGAAGGAGCUUACAGAUGGGCAGUUGAUCAUGGGAUACCAGCAUGUUCGCCAGGUAUCAUGACUACAACUUAUUUUAAACUUGGAUACUAUGACCUUGUCUACACUACUGAAGUAAGUCAUCUGUUACGCUACUCCAGCUACGUGAAUAGCGCUGCCCUGCGUCGACAGGAGACGCUCUUCCGUCGACUUACUCGUUCCAGUGGAGUUCCAGAGUCGACUGGAGAGCGCUCUGUGGUUGAUUUAGUGGGUCUUCACUCGACCCCCACAGCAUCGAUCGCAGCAGCAUCGAUCCCCGGGUUUAGUUUAGCAGCUUUUAAGAGGAACAAAAGGAAGCUGGAGCUGGCAGAAAAGGUGGAAACAGAUCUUAUUCAGCUAAAGAAAAGAAGACAAUCAAGUGAAAAGGAGAAUGACUCAGGAACACUGGAUACAGUUGGUGCGGUCGUUGUUGACCAAGAAGGAAAUGUUGCUGCUGCUGUCUCCAGUGGAGGCUUGGCUUUGAAGCAUCCUGGAAGAGUUGGUCAGGCAGCUCUUUAUGGAUGUGGCUGCUGGGCUGAAAAUAUUGGAGUUCAUAACCCUUAUUCCACAGCUGUGAGUACUUCAGGUUGUGGAGAGCACCUUGUAAGGACCAUACUGGCCAGAGAAUGUUCACGUGCUUUGCAAACAGAAGAUGCCCACCAGGCUCUGCUAGAGACUAUGCAAAACAAGUUUAUUAGUUCACCUUUUCUAGCCAAUGAAGAUGGUGUACUCGGUGGAGUGAUAGUUCUUCGAUCUUGCAGAUGUUCUGCAGAGCCUGACUCUUUACAAGAAAAGCAGACUCUACUAGUGGAGUUCUUGUGGAGUCAUACAACAGAGAGCAUGUGUGUAGGAUAUAUGUCAGCACAGGAUGGCAAAGCAAAGACUCACAUUUCGAGACUUCCUCCUGGAGCUGUGGCAGGGCAGUCUGUGGCAAUCGAAGGAGGAGUCUGUCGGCUGGAGACCCCAGCAAACUGAAUAACUAACUUCUCAGCUCAGUACAGAAAAUGUGAAUGACAUUUUGUACAAUAAGCUCUUUUGUGUUUUAACAGAUGUUGGGAAUUUUACUCUCAUUUUAUACUCUUUAUUGCAACCACGUGCACCAUAACUUGAGAUAAAUGCGGCUGUGAUUUAUACUCAUUUUGUGUGAAUGGGUGUGUGCAUGCUCAUUUUUCUCCCAAACAAAUCAGAACUCUUCCUAGUUGUGCAGGUGGGUGAAGAUAAUGUAUGAUUAAUGUUGCAUUUAAAUCUUCAUUGUUUACAGUUUAAAAAAAAUGCCCUAAAACUAUGGAAAAAAACUAAUUUAAAGAUGUGGUAGUAACUGUCAUUCAUGUUCUAAAUUAGGAAGUAACGGGCCUCAGAGAUAGUUGUGUGGUAAUGCAAAAGUGAUUGUGGUUUGUACAUUUCUUUUAAGUUUAAGUGGAUCCAGUGGUGACUUAAACACUGCUUCUUCAUCCCCUGUGUGGGGCAUUUUUCUUUGACAAAGAAUGGUUUCAGUGAAACAAUCUAGAGCAAAAUUAUGGCCAGAAUUGUUUUUAAAUAGUCUUAUAAUAUAAGUUGUAUCUCUCUUCCCAAGCUAAGAUGUUACAUAGCUUCAAGCUGUAUGUAUUACAAAAAAGCUAUAUAAAGAUAAUGUACCGUAAUGCAGUCUUUACUUUGUGUAUAAUGGAAUAUUACAAUGUAAAUAAGAAAACAAAGUUUAUGGAAAGAUUCAAUACUAUUCUUUGUUUCUUGUUUAAAUAUAUAUUUUAAGAAAAAGGUACAGAAAUAAACGAGCACAUUACUGAAUGCUAA